UGAGCAGAAAAUAAACGAGCAGCUUCAGUGAGGAAAGUGACGGUGGCGCUGUGGAUUCGUUGCAAACUGAAAUAACUGCAUAAAACUGCUGUUUUGAAAACAAAGACUUCUUAGGUGUUGGAAGUGUGACGAAGGAUUUAAAAUCCUUGAAUUCACAGGAACGAAGCGCUAAGAAAAUGAACUCGCAUUAGCAAUAUACGGCUAAGCGAGGACUAGCAGUCUCUGACAUACAAACUGCUAAGUACAACUUAACUUUAUUCUAACAAAAAGAGUCAUACACUCUGCACGAACUAACAGAAAUGAUGAACUGCAGCCGGAGAAACGAUGUGACCCCCACUGGGCAUGAAACAUCACAGCUGCGCAGCAGCGGAGACAGCUUCGCGUCUGCGGGCGGCGGCUGCGCAGCGUUCGGAGGAGACGCGGCAGACAGCGACCACGCGCUGCAGACGGUGCAGACGGCUGGCUCCUCCCCCUCUGCCCUGCUGUAUCCUGUGAGCAGCGAGAGGGUCCUGUCCUUGGAUGGUAAAGCCAUGUUCAAGAUCGCUCCAGGUCAUCGUUUUUUUUUUUAACCCCUCCAAAUUAUGAUCUUGUGAAUUUUGAAAAGAACGGUCUACAACUGUGGGGUUUUAAGCUUAGUGAAUCCAUUGGUAUGGUAUAAAAUGCCAGUAAAUAUACUUCUCGUAUUAGAGGCUAGUAGCGGUGCAGGACAAGGACAAAUAUCCAUAGAUGUGCACCUCAACUUACAAAUGCAGUUGGGAAGCAAAGUCUGUUUGUAACUUGGAAUUGUUGGAAAUUAUACCCACUACGCUACAAUCCAAGCUUAAUAAUAAAGCUUAAUCCCUCAGUUUCUUCAUAGGUUCUGUUAAAAACAUCAGAUAAAGGUAAAAAUGAGCUGGAAAAUUCCGUAUAAAACUUUGUUCUUUUUCCAUCAACAGUUCGUUCAACGCAGGGUCUACGUGUUCCACUGUACCGGAAGACGGGAUGCCAUGUGGACCAGAUGCCGUUUUAACAUGAAGCAGCAAUAAAGUCUGCUUUAAAAUGACUGGAAAUAAUUUAAAAAGAUUAAUCUUGACAACUUCCAAUUCAGUGUGUUUCGUACACAGAAGGAAGUGGCGUGUUCCUCCCCCCGGGUGCCACAGUGGGGGUAUAGAAAUUAGACUGAUAGAGCUGUAGUGUCAUUUCAUGGAGAAAAUGAGUUGCAUUUUCACCUUAAAUGCCGACAACAUGUCUCACGAAGCUUUAACAAAAUUGGCCACAAGGAAAAGACUGUUACUUUGUUUGUUUGAUUGCAGUCAAAGAAGCAAAAUAGGAGAAACACACCUUUAUUCACUGGGUACUUUCUGAAAAAGUGUCGGAUAAAAUGUAUAUUUACAAAAUACACUGAUUGAAAUCGGUUCCUGAAGCUGCCCCCCGCAGAGCCGUAUGAGAGUUUUACUACCGUCUAAUGAUGACAAGUGGAAAUGCAAGCAAUUUUUAAAAAAAAUAUAUUUGUUGGUUUGUUUGUUUUCUUGUUCUUGACAACAGACAAAUUUUACAAUGUGAAGAAAAUACAACUAAUAAUAAAUACGCUGGGAAACGUUAGUAUAUCUGGAAAACCUAAUAGCUGGGAGCUAUUAGUAGAAAAUGUAUUGAAUUUCAGCUGUGAGUUACAUCGAUGCUAAAAGUUACAGCGAGUCUCCUCUUUCUCUGUCCAUGGCCCACAGUGGUGACAGUUCCUUCUGCAGGCAGCUCCGAGCAGCCGCCCAACCCAGAGUUCACUUCCCAGGCUGUCGUGUGCCUCAUUGGGGCAGUGGGACGGCGCUGGGGGCUGUAUGGUCCGCGGGAACGAGCCCAGCUUUUCCAGGGUGUGCAGCGGGAGCUGGAAGACCACGGCUACGUAUUGCCCGUUGAGAGGAUCCGCCGCAAGUGGAACAACCUCAUCGUCACCUACAAGAGGGUCAAGGAUCGGAGCUGUGGGACGGGCAAGGCCAAGACCUCUUGGGAGUACUUCGAAUUGAUGGAUGCCAUGCUGGGAGACACCGUUGGUGCCAAGAGCAGCGGCACUCCAUCAGCAUCCAUGGUAAACAUCUCCAAUGGUGCUCAGGAGACUCCAUCCACCAGUCUGACUGCUACCAUCAAAACCAGCCUCCAGUCAAGCAGUCUCAUCCCCGCCUGUUCCCAGGUCGCCACCGUAACGCCUGCUUCCCCGCCGCAGUCCACCGCUCCACACCCGUCCUCCACAGCCCCUGGCUACGCUGACCCCCAGGCCCCCUCACCUUCCCGAGGAAGCCCCCCCGAUCGACACGACAGGCUGCGCGCACGACGGAAGCCGCGGCAGGGUCCGGCAGAUGUGGCCGCAUCCUUCUUGUUGCAGCAGCAGAGGCAGGCGGAAGAUUGUAGCACGAUGCUUUGCGACUUCCUUGCCGGCCAGGAGGAUCGGGCUCGGCUGCAGGAGAUGCGCCUUGUCCGGCACGAGUCUCGUGAGAGGCGCCGCGAGAGGAGGGAGGGCAAGAUGGCAGAUGCUCUGUGCAGAAUAGCCACUGCCUUGGAGCUGUUGUCCUCCAAGCAGGACACCGUCAUUGCCCUGCUACAGCGGCUGGCGGACAAGCAGAGAAACAGCUUUCAAAUAUGGAAAAAAAUCUGGAAAGAAAGUCUGAGGUUCUCACUUCGGACACUGCUGUUCCCCAGAUCCACAGGAAGUCGAGGAGGAAUGGAGGAUCAUGCUUUUGGGGAAAACUGGCGCCGGCAAAAGCUCCUCUGCAAACACCAUCCUUGGGAGGGAGGCAUUCAAGUCUGACAUGAGACUAUCCAGGGUCACCUGGUCCUGUGAGAAGGAAAGGGGGCGGAUUAACGAACGACCUGUCGUUGU